AUGUGGAUUAAAGGUUUACCAUUCAAGAUAUCCUUCUUGUUGUGGAGAUUAUGGAGGUGGAAAAUAGCCAGUGAUGACAUGUGGAGGAGGCAAGGGAAAAUGGUGAUGUCUAGGUGUUGGUGUUGUCAGCAAGAGGAAUCUAUUGAGCAUAUAUUUGUCACAAGUCCUACUGCCUCUAAAUUAUGGAACUUGUUCAUGGGGGCUGCUGGAAUUACUGUGCCAUUGAUUCAAUUGAAGCAGCUUCCUUUUCAUGGUUUGUACAAAUGCAAUACGGAUGGAGCGUCAAAAGGAAAUCCUGGUCCUAGCUCAUUAGGCUUUUGUGUUAGGAAUGAUAAAGGUGAUGUGGUGUCUGCAAGGGCAGUAGACCUGGGGGUGACAACUAAUGUGGUGGCAGAAGCUAAGGCUAUUCUUCAAGGAUUGGAAUACCGCGUGGAGCAUGAUCUUCACCCUCUCAUAUUGGAGACUGACUCAUUAGUGAUAAAGAAAGUGAUAGAAGGGGAAUGGGAUCCUACUUGGGUACAUCUGAGUUUCACUCAUUUUCUGAACUGCCUAGUGCAGGGAAGAGGUUGA